AUGAUGUAAUAAGCUUGGGAGGAAAUUUAUUGUUAACUUAUAGAGUUGAUCACUCAGAGAGACUAAUCUUAACUUUACAAAAUUGAAAACUUAAGCGGAAUUCCAAUAGUAAGGCAAAUAAAAUCUAUAAUUGGUGAGAGCAAUAGCUAAAACUCUUAUUCUAAACUGACUGUUAAUCCUACUUUUUCAAGUUACAAAUAGCCGUUUGUAUAUAGAAGUAACUAAAAUGAACCAUAAGACUUCAAAGAAGCUGCACAAAGAAUAUUAACAUAAGAUUGUUUUUAAAUUUAAAACUAAUUAUUGCUCAUAACAAACUAAAAAUAUUUAAUAACUGCUUUCAAAUCUAGUAAUUAAAUUUCACUACUCAACUAUUAGGGAGAAGGAUAGUCUAACUCAGUCAAAAUUACUCAUGUGUAAAAAAACGAGUAUUUAAUUAACUACUUUGAAAAUCUGCAAGUAUUAGAUUUCGAUGAAACCAAAAUUAAAUCUAAUAUCUAUAUUGAUUCUAACCAUGAUAAUUCUAUUCUGUCCAACCACAAAGAGAAAAUUUAAAAAAGUAAUUCUAUUUAAAUUGAUACUAAGCCUGACCUCCAAUAGCAAUCGCCGAGAAUGCUAGUACACUCUUUAAUAUUAAGGAGAUAGCAGGCUUUUUUUUAUUGA